AUGAAUGACGAUGCACUACAGAGAGCAGUCAACAGCAGCACCAACAACCUCUCCACAUCACAGGGAAACAUUACAUCGACAGUAAUGACGUCACAACUGAUGACAUCAUUGCCGACAGAAUCUGACGCUGACACCAACAAAAGCAAUUUAUCGACAUCUGCUGUUGUACAUUCAGCCCUCACAUCAACGACUAUAGCAGUGCGAAAAUGCUCAGCUUUAGAUCGCUUGCUGCAUACUAGGCUCCAGCUUGUUGCCAAUUCAAAGAAACAGGAAAAUAAUAAUAAUAAUAUGGACAAUAAUAUUACUACUAAUACUGUCAACAAAAACAUUAUUAAUAUAAAUAAUACUAAUAAUAGUAAUAAUAAUAAUUAUAAUGUCGAUUAUGGUAAGAAGAAUGAAAAUAACUUCACUCUAGAUCAUUUUCAAAACAAUGACUCGAUGAAUAAUAAUAUGAACAAUUGCAAUAAUAAUAAUAAUAAUAAUAAUAAUAACACUAUUAAUAAUAAUAAUACCACUAUUAAUAAUGGCAAUCACAAUUUACCAUCUUCAUCAUCGUCGUCGUCAUCAUCAACAUCAUCAUCAGCAGCAGCAGCGGAAGAAAAAUUUCUUGCCACUAUCUUUUCCACAGAAACCAAUUUAGCCCAGGUGUCAUCGUCAUCAUCACAGACAUCGUCAUCAUCACAGACAUCGUCAUCAUCACAGACAUCGUCAUCAUCAUCGCAAGUGAUAAACGUUAAAAAGCAGAGCAGAAGGAAGAUCUCAUCACCACAUCAUUAUGUUAAUAAACUCAAUAACAACAACAACAACAUUAAUAAUAAUAAUAAUAAUGAUUAUAGUUGUAAUAAUAGUAGUAGUAGUAGUAAUGGAAUCAGUACAAAUACUAACAAUAACAGUGUUGAUGUUACAAGAGGAAUUGAUGACAUUGUAAAUCGCCGUCAUACUACUACUGCUGCUACCACCAAUACCACUAAUUACAACAAUGAUAGUAGUAGCAAUACUAAAAUUAAUAACAGCAAUAAAGAUAGCGUCAUUGUUAUCGAUGAUAAUGAUGCUCCCAAUAGGUCCAUUACAAAUAACAACGAUAAAAACAUUAACGGUCAAAACAUCAAUAACACGGCAAAUGAUUUAAACACAAACAUUGCCACUACCAUUGUAAACAACAACAGCAGCAACAACAACAACAACGUCAGCAGUGAAGGUGAUGACGUCAGAGCAAAACAGCAAAAAGUUUCCCAGAAUGGUCACAAGAACAAAGUUAUCAUCAUUGACAUAACCGAUGAUGAUAGCAGUUUACCUUCAAAAAGAUCUUCAUCGACGUCAUCAUCUUCAGCCUCAUCAUCUUCAGCAUCGUCGUCACCCUCGUCAACGCCAUCCUUAUUGCCAUCUGUAAUGUCGUCGUCAUCAUCGUCGCCAUCACUAACAACAAAAGGGCUUAUAAGGUUAUCAAAAUCGGCAACAACAACAACCAAAUUUUUAACUUCGCCGUUAUCUACGUCAGCUACGACAACAGCAUCAAAAACAUUUUCGACGAACUUGAAUCAGAACAAAUCCAGAAACACCACAACUCUACCAACAACAACAGCAGCAACAACAACAACAACAAUGUCUAACAGCAGAAUCCUUAACAAGCUUGCCGCAUUAGCAAGAACUGCACGUGCAACAACAACCUCAACGACAUACAAGCACUCUACUACCUACAAAACUCCAGCCACGACAUCAACUUUGACAAAAUUUCCAAAACCAUCAACAAAUUCAACAACGACCCCAUCAACAUUCACGACAAUCACAGCUGUAGCAGCUACAACUACACAACUACAUCCACCAGGUAUUCAAUAUGCCCUACCGGUUAAGUCAAUCCCCUUCUCGCUGAGACCAAAUUUCAUGUCGUCCAACAUCCAAAUCCUACCAUCGCAUCUCCUCCUCGACAAUGCCCUCCCUGUCAAUGUCAUCACCAUUGCUCCAAUUCCAGAAUCAUCGAACAACGACAUCAACAGUGAAGAUGAGGAUAACAAUCGCACUGGUGCCAUCAACAGCGGCGACAACAUUAAAAAUCAAAACAUCGCCUACAGCAAUAACAGCAGCAGCAACAACAACAACAAUGUAGUUGUUGGUGGUGGUAUUGGAAAUGUUAAUGCCAACAAUAACAACAGCAACAUCAACGUCAUCUUUAAAAAUAACACUAACAACAUGAACAUUCCUAAUAAGAGCAAUGAUUAUUAUAUGAAUAAUUUAAGAAUUUUGAAAAAUUUUGCAAACAACAACCCAGCCAGCAACAACAACGUGGUCAGCCCAAACAUUGACAUAAGUAAGCUAAUCGGCUACAACAACACAAACAACAAUUCAUUAAUGUUCAUGAAUGUAAACAAAUCGAAGGCAGCCACAUCUUUUGCAGCACCAACACCACCGACUACAACUAAUGUCGUGCAACUGCUGAGAACCAUCAUUGCAAAAACGACAGCAACUACAUCGACAAUAGCGUAUGCUGCAUUCUCAUCAACAUUUACAACGCCAACACCGACAACAUCUCUAGCAGCAGCGGCGACAGCAGCUGCUCCGGCUGAUAGAACACCACUCCCGAGUAACUCUUUCAUCUCAAAGCAUCUCAAUGAAGGCAAGAGCACUGAUGCCCAGAAGAAAAGAAUUGAAAAACGACCUCUAUCGAAGCAGGAAAAGCAAAAAAUUUUAACCCAUCAGCAGCAGCAGCAACAGCUUCUGCUGCAACGACAGCAACUUCUCAAGCAGCAGCGACAUCAGAUGCGACAGGUGGAGCAGCAACGACAGUACCAACAGUCUCAAGAGAGACGACAAUUGAUGGAAAGAAGGAUGCAGAAACUGACUGAGAUGCAGCAGCAACAGCAAAGCAUCUUACACCAGAAGAUACUCCAACAGCAGAAGCAGAAGUUGAACAAUCAACUGGAACAAGAGAGGAAGAAGCAAGAGAUGAAGCAACUUCUGAAGAGGAUUAACAACGAAAUUAAGGUAAAGAAUAUUGUUCAGCAUUAUGAACAACAACAACAACAGCAAAAAUAUUUUCAACAACCACAACAACAACUAUCGCAACAACAACAACAAACAUCUAGGACGUUCACCAUAUCAUACAAGCCGUCUACCAUUACACCAGAAACAUUUUUCUCGUCAUCGUCUUCCUCCCUCUCUCCAUCUACAUCGUCAUCCAUUUUGUCAUCAUCAGCAGCUCUCUCUUCAACAACUUCAGCAACAUCAUCACCAUCAACAUUUAUAACAGCAUCGUUAUCAUCAUUCACACCUCUUUCAUCAUCGACAAUCUCAUCUUCGUCGUCGUCUUUAUCAUCAGCAGCAUUCUUCGAGUCCAUUCGAACAAAUUGUUUGAUUGGCAAGUACGUAGCUCCACCCAUUGAGCGGCCAACUUUCUUGAAAAAUAUUUUUGGGUCGUUUGAAGAUGUUGGCGAGUAUUUUUGUGCGUGUUGUGGUUGUUCGUUUGCAACAAAAAAGUCCUUGGCCUAUCAUGUUGGCAGGAAGUCGUUCCUAGUUACGUUCGAAUGUGAUUGUGGAUGCUACACCGCUACCGAUGCUGCUGCUGCUGUUAGCGGUGGUGCAACGUCGCUUGCAACAUCAUCCGCAACAACAGUUGCAACAUCAUUUCCUGCCACAAUUUCAACAUCGUCACAGACUUCUACAACAAUCUCCUCAAACUCGUUUGGAACGUCUUUAACAGCAACAACCUCAAAAGCAGCAGCAACAACAACACUACAUAAAUUUUACAACUUAUGCUCCUACACAAUUUUCUACCAGCGACACACAAGUGAAAACCCCGGAAAAACCCACAGACCUAUAGAUAGCUAUCAAGUGUCAUCACUGCCUGAACAUCUGUUGCCAGAGGAGUACCACAUAUUGAAGAAGCAAAAAGAACUUGAGAUGGGUAUAGACAUCAGCGACGAAGAUGGCUCUGAAAAUAUUGUCUCCAAGGACAAAGAAAGCAAUAUUUCCAAUGAUAAUCUCGUCGUCGUUGUUGCUGCUAGUCAGACUGCAACUGCAACGACAGGAACAAGCAACAGUUCAAAGGAUGCAACCAACAACAUUUCAAAUUUUACAAAUCCUGUUCUCAAGUGUCCAGAAUGUGGUUUACAAUUUUCAAUGCUUCUUUCUUUGAAGCAACAUUUUCAGUCACUCAGUCGUAACGUUGUUGCUGUUGAUGCUGCAGUGACGACGACCAAAAAUAUGAAAUCAGCAGCAUCAACUUUUACAACAUCAACAAAAGUGUUGCCUACAGCCUGUACAGAAUCAACUUUAAAUAGACAUUCAGCAGCGACAUCUUCUGCGUCACCACUAACAACGACCACAGCGUCGUCAUCAGCUUCAUCAUCAGCGUCGUCCUUCACAGCAGCAACAACAUCGCCCUCAACAGCCGCAACAGCAACAUCGUCGUCGUCGUCGUCGUCAUCAUCAUCAUCAUCCUACAUUCAUUAUGCAUGUCCCAUAUGUGAGAUAGUGCUAGCUAAUAUCUGCUCACUCAAUGCUCACAUCAGAUUGCAUUCCUUGAGUUAUAUCACAAACAACAGCAUUAACAACAACAACAAUAAUUUUAAUGUUAAUGUCAGUAAUAACAUCAUUAUUAAUAAUGUAGGUGGUUGUUAUGGUGCUAAUGAGAUUGCAGACAGCAACAAGAGCGGCAGCAACAUUACCAAUAACAUCACUGGUGACGUCAAAAAGUGCAGACUGGUGUGUCCAGAAUGUGGUGUUGAAUUUCAAGAGAGUGCUGACGAGUUUUUACAGCACGUUCGAGACGUUUGUCUACAUCACUGCAGACGCCCAGUCACCAGGGGCUGUCGGUUCUGCUACUUUGUCCCUAGAAUCACAACAAAAAUCAACAACAACAACAUCCCCAACAACAACAACACAACCAUUUACAACAACAACAACAUUGCCAGUGGAAACAACGCUUUCAUUGUUGACAACAGUUGUUCCGGUGAGUUUAGCAAUGCCAAUGGCGAGAACACUUCAACAAGUUCUGCCUCCGUUACUUCAACUGCAAAUGUUGAAUUCUCUUCUAAUGUACUAAACAACAACAACAACGGUAAUGGUAAUUUUAAUGACGGCAACAGUAAUGACGCUGACAACAGCAGUAUUAGCAGCUCCAUGAGUAUCAGCAACAACAACAAACCUGUCAGCAGUUCAAGUCAGGCUGCUGUCGUCUUUGGUGGCGGUGCUAGCAGUGAAGAUGUUAAAAAAUUUACUGAGGCCCUGGACAAGCACAUAUGCACAGCACACAAGAAGGUUUACCACAAGUGCUCCCUGUGUCCUGUAGCUUUCAAGAGGAUUGAACUCUUCAGGCAACACUACAAAACAUCACACGCUACCAACGCUACUACAGCAACGACAAUUACCACUACAGCGGCUAAUCUCAAUAUCGGUAGUAACAGCAGUAACAGCAGUGGACACACGUCUAGUAUGAUAACGAGGUGUCCUGUGUGUGAGAAAGUGUUGGGGGCGUCAUUCGAGCAGCACAUCAAGAACCACGAUCUGGUUAGCAAGUGCAGAGAAUACUAUUUUGAAUGGACGAGUAGUAAUUUCGCUACUAAUACUAAUGUUGCUACUGCUGCUGCUAGUGCUGCUACUACUGCUACUACUAUGGAGGAUGUUGAGGAUGCUGGCAAUGAUACUGCUUCUAAUGGUAGUAGUGCCAAUUCUAGUACUGGGUUUGCUAGAGGUUCAGAAAGUAAAAAAGUUACUAAUAAGUUGAGUAAAAAUAGUAAAAUUGCUGGUAUAUGCAUCAGCAACAGUGGUAAUAAUAAUAGUAAUCAGUGGUUUGUUUACAAAGCUGAACUUGAAAAGCACAGGAAUCAAUUGAAUGGCAGUGGCUCAUUUCGCAGUCAUGCUGUUGUUGUUAGUUGUAGCGUCAGUAAUAAAGGUUGUAGUAGUAGUGGUACCGCUGCUACUACUACAACAACUACUACUACUACUAAAAAUGAUAGUAAUCUAAAUGGUGAUGUUAAUAAUCUUAGCACUGGGAAUAGUAAUAAUAUAAAUUUGACUCUUGCCGCUAAUACUACUACUACUGCUACUACUUUUUAUAGCACUGUAACUUCUUCAAGUAAGUUUAUUUCAACUGCGGCCACAACUACAACAACGACAGCUACUACUACUACUAUUACUAUUAAUAAUGAUGUUAAUAAUGAUGAUGGAAAUGUAAAGAAUUUUAGAUUGGAUGGAAAUUCGAACAAACUCGAUGAUGGUAAUAAUAUUGCAAGAAAAGAUGUUGGCGUUCGUCAGAGUAAUGACCAUAUGGUCGAUGGCAUAAAUAACAAAAUUAUUAAAUAUGGCGAUGAUGACGUCACCAGUAACACAGUCUGCGAAGUUUGUCUGCUGAAAUUCCAGCUUAGAACGUUGAAAAAUGAUCAUUUGAAGAGGGAACAUGAAUAUUUUGUUGAAUUUUGUUCUUUAAACGACAGCAACACUGCUGCUAUACAACAACAACAUCAGCAGCAACAACCUCAUGAACAACUAAACAUCGUUGAAGUAGAACGUAAAAUGCUUAAACUUAGAAGAAUAGGCAGAUUUAAUGACUUAAACAACAGCAUAAACAACGACAACAACAACAGCAGCAGCAUAAAAAAUCAAAAUAAUUUUGGCAGACCAUCUGGCAUGCCGACAUUGAAACCCAUAAAAUUUAUGACUGAAAGUAGGAAGAGGAAGUUUGCUGCUGACGAUGAGGAUGGUGAACUGGAGGAUGAUAACAUUAAUAACAGCAUGAUGCUUAAAAACAUUAAUAAUGCCAUUAACAGUGCCAACAAUAACAAUAUCAUUCCUAAUGUAAACAUGGCAGACAUCAUUAAUGCUAGCAGUAAGACAUCUGUAAACAGCAGAAGUAGUUUAUCAUUGUUCCCAUCGUUGUCUACUUCAUCAUCGUCCCCGCUGCUAUCAUCGUCAUUAUUGUUCCAAUCACCAUUAACAUUCUUUCCACAGUUAUCUUCUUUAUCAUCGUCUACAGUUCCAUCAUCGUCGUCGUCAUCGGCAGUACCAUCAUCGUCAUCAUCACAGCUUUCACCAUCAUCAUCAGCACUGCUACUAUCGCCGUCGCUACAUCCGCCGCCAUUGCAACCGCCACCAUCGUCGUCAGCGUCAUCACAACCAUCAUCUUCAUUAUCGUCGUCAUCAUCUCUGUUGGAAUGCUCCAGAUGUAACGAGGUGUUCAUAGACUCCAGGGCUUACAGACGACACCAACUUAAGCACCAAUUCUUAGAGAACAUCAAGAGGAAUAAGUGGAGGAAGAUUGGUGAUGAUGAUGGUGGUGAUGGUGAGGAGGAGCGUGAUGAUAAUGAUACUACAAAUGAUAACAGCAUCAAUGACUGUAGUAAUAAUGUUGAUGAUGUUGAUGAUGCAGCUGCUUCAGUGCAAGAUGUUGAUGUGGUGAACAAAGGUGAACUCGAGAAUAUGAACAGUAAGAAUGAACUUGGUGGUCGGUGCGACGGCGAUGUUAAUAGUGAUGUCGGCCGAACAAGUGGUUGCAGCAGCAUGUCGACCAGCAACAAACUCUUCAAUAACGACAACGUCAGCACCUCUAACAUCCCAGCUGGCAACAACAACAACAGCAGUGAAAUUGAUGACGGCAAAUGGUAUCCGUGUCAACUCUGCAAUAAAACUUUCAAACGCCAGAGUCGCCUCCAGCAGCACGUCUCAGCCAUCCACAACUUCUACUUCAGCAGCAGCAUUCUCGGCUACAAUACAAUCUCCGUUAACGGCAGCAACGGCAGUAACUUCAACAGCGUCAGCAGCGGCGGCGGCAACAGCAAAUCAAAUGUGACGUUCAAGUGUCAAUUCUGUCCACCGCCGUCGACGUCUGGCAACAUAAACGCCAAGCGCUACUUCAACUCCCUACUCUCGCUGCGCAAGCACAUGCGUAUCAAACACAAGCUCGUCAGCACGGCAGUCAACAAAUACGACAUGAUUGACAGACUGUACAAACCCAACGAAGGAGGAAUAAAGCGCAGCGCCGCCGGUCAUGAUAACGAUGACGGCGCUGGCGAUGAUGAUAUCUCUGUUCUCGUCGCUACUGAAACAUGGGGGGAUGCUGAUGAAGAUAAAAUGAAUGCUACGUCUGGUACCACUCUUGAUGCUCCUGCUGCUGCUGCUCCUACUGAUACUUCUACUGCCACAACCACUGACACUUCUACUGCCACUACUACUGUUACUACCGCUACCACAAUUAUUGCUACUGCUACGAAUUUCACAGAUUGUACUGGAGAUAACGUCAGAAGUAAUAAUAGUAUUAGUGGUAGUAGUUGCAUUGUUGUUAGUGGUAGCAGUAGCAGUACUGAUACAAAUACUACUCCAAACACGAUUACAAUGAGUGGUAUUGCUACCCAUAACACUACUAAUGCAAUCGUGAAAACUCCAACUGGGACCUUUAACAAUGAUAAGGUUGCUAAUAGUAAUAAAAAUUUUGAUGGUAGUUCGGAAGAUGACGCCUAUGAGAAUGAAGUCAGAUUGAGAAAAAUAUUUGGUGACCCUGGGACGAAGUACCACUGCUGCUACUGCUGCCACUCGUCUUAUGAGAGGCCGGAUUUUUGGCGGCAUAUCGUCUGCCACAACAACUACACCGCUGAUGAGGGUGAAGAUGGUUGCCGUGGUGGUGAUGCAUCUGGUAGUUGCAGUAAGGUUGUCGCUAACCUCAGUGCUGAUGUUAAUGAGGGUGGAGGUGAUGGUUUGAGAGUUCAAAAUCCCCAGUGUCCCGAAUGCGGGGCACUUUUCGUCGUGACCUCUGCCCUCAGUCGUCACCUCAGACUGGUUCACAAGGUCACUGAUCUUAGUCUUUAUGAAAGUGAUGAUUUGAUGAUGUUCGCCGGUGUUGUUAACAGUUUGCCGGCUGGUGGUCUUAAGAGGAAGAAAUUAUCUGAUGAUGAUGAUGAUGAUAAGGAUGAUGUUGCUGGAGAUGACGGUGAUGCUGCUGAUUGCAAUCGAGGUAGUUGUGAAGAGGUGGAUGACAAACAAAUAAAAAUGGAGAUGCCGGAUGGUGAGUCAUUCCCGACGGCUAAACGUGGAAUCAAAAGAAAGCUAUCCUCCUCAUCAUCGGUGUCAUCUGCAUUGUCCUCAUCAUCCACGUCCCGACCAUCUUCUCUGUCGAGGUCGCUCGUUGAUCUGCCCGCUGAAAAGUUGAGACGUAUGUCACUGCUGCAACCGCACGACAUCCACAAGGAACUGCUGGCGUCUCCUGGAGCCACCUUCAACCAAUCACUCUUUGAAGUGCCCUCUCCUCGAAAGCAAGCCUCCCCACACUAUGGUGACAACAUUAAUAAUAAUGACGCCAAUAACCUUUCUGACAAGAAGAGCAGGGGUAAAAGAAAUGAGAAGAGCAAAAUUUCUAGUGACGUCAUUUCUUCCACUUCACCUAUGACGCCAUCUUCUCAGACUAUCUCCCUGAGCAACAGCACGAGAACCAGAGCCACGAGGUCCGGCUUGCGAUCCAACAAUAGAUUAUCCUCGACGGCAACUGCUGCUGCAGACGGCGACAGCAGCAUCAGCAGCUCGCCGACGUCGUCGUUGCUGCAAGGUAACGAAUGUAAAGUUUGCUACAAGACGUUCAACAACUACACUGAACUGCGUGUGCACAUGCGUGUUCAUGGCAUGGCGUUCAUACAAGGAACCAGAAGGAGUAGUUGUCCGUUGGCAGCUGUGGAAGCUACCACUGUUGCAGCUAUUAGUGCUAUUACAGCUGCUAAUACUGCUUCUGCUACAACUGCUACUGCUGCUGCUCCUACUACUGCUUCUGUUGCUCUUGUGAAUAACGUUGUUGUCGAUUCAUUGAAGUGUGCUUACAAUCCUGAAAAGAAUGAUGGCCAGGCGGCAACAAAAAUGGAGGUAGAUGAGGAAAGUUCGAAUGUUAAUUGUGGCGGGAGUGAAAAUAAUUUGUUUGGCGCCGAGAAUAUUGGAGACGUUGCUCCAAUAAAUAACGCCUGUACCACAACUACUACUGUGGCAAAUACAGCUACUACGAUUGCUACAGCCAUCCUUAAUGCUACUACCGACUCGUCUAUUACUACAGCUGAUGCUGUUGCUGCUGCUACUACUACAACGACGGCGACUUUUACUACCGCAGAAUCUGCAGCCAAAGACGUCAUCUCAAUGGCAGAAGCUGGUGAUAAGAUAAACACUCAUCCACUGCUUGGUUGCUGAGGGUGCUGGGAAUAAUAAUAAUAAUAAUAAUACUGCUACCACUACCAAUAAUAAUAAUAAUAAUGUAAAAUAAUAAUAAAAUUUUAUAAUGAUAUUUGUAACGAUGAUGUGAAUGUCAGUGAUGACGUUGAUUAAACUGUGAUGACGACCUGAUUAUGAUAUGAUGACAGACAUGCACCUUCUGGUCACAAUAUAUAUAUAUUUAUAUAUAUAUUUACAUAUAUUUUAAUAAAAUUGGAUUAAAUAUUGCAAUAAUAAGAUGAAAUUAUUAUGAUAUUACGACAACAUUAUGACAUCGGUAUAUACCACCAAUGCCAUUAACAAUGAAAAUUUAAAACUCUGUUUAGUCCAGGCAGACACUGAUGAUGAGAAAGAAAUUGCAUCUUUUUUUCUAACAGUUUCCAUUUAUUCUUAUUCUAGCGGUUGUUUCGUGAAGAUAUCUUUGUGUAACUGGUGUGUGUGUGUGUGUGUGUGUGUGUGUGUGUGUGUGUGUGAAUUAGCAAUUACAGAACAUUUUUUUUAAUAGUCGAAUAUAUUUGUACACGCGUUUGUUAUUCAAAGUUAUUUACUCGAUUUACCCAUAUACCUUAGGGUAUUUUUUGAAUAUUUAAAGGUAUCUAAAUGGAUAUACGUAUAUAUAUUUACUAUAUCAAUGAUAUGUCUGGAUAGAUAUCCAUGUAAAUUAAUGACACGGCUAUGAUUUUCGAUGGUAUAUAUCGAUAAUUUAGCGGUAUUCAUAAGUUUAUUAAUAGCUUUGAGUUGUAUGUAUUGUUAUAUGACAAUACUACUAAGUUAUUUUGGGCAAGUUCAGUCAGAGAUCAAUCCUUUUUCAUGCGUCACUUUAUAAUAAAGUUAUAAGUUUUGUA